UUUUCAUCAAGAAACAACAAGCAAAUACACAGGAUGUGGAACAACUGCUGCUUUAUUUCUUCCCUGGUGAGGAAUACCGGUGGGUUUUUUCUCCUUGAUAAUUUUAGACUUCAAAUAAACACCAGUAAGUUGAGAUUGGAAAACUGACAAGAAAGCUUUAAUUGCACCCCCCUGUACAGAAACAUGUGCGUUCACGCUUGUGAGGUUUAUGCAGGAGAGAUCAAACCACGGUUAGUUUUCUGUUAAUACAAACACUCAGCCAUGGAGCCUUUUUUUGCCAGUCAGUAACCACCCCAACCAUUCCAAUUCCCUUCCCUAAAUGAGAGGGUUUAUUUCUCCCCCCAGUGUAAAGUCUACAUGGACACCCGGUAGGCUUCCCUUUAGACAAAAUCUUAUUUUCCUUUUUUUCUACUUGCUGCUUGGUUUUGUGUGAAAAAUCCCAGUAAAAGAUAAUGAUAAAUGUCUGUCUACCAUUUACAUAACCACAAAGAAUGUGAAGUCAUUAUGCUAAGACCCAAUUUACACAGUAACUUUGCAUUAUGUUUAGGAAAUGUCUUGGAGAGAACAGUGCAUGUUUAGGCUGAUAAUUUGACUUUGUUUUAAUAUCUUCUUUUUUUGUGUGUGUGUAUAUAAGGUGUCUGGUUCAUAAGUUCUUUCUGUUUUUUAAUGGUAUGAUCUAAUUUCUACAAGCCAAUUUUGGACUACUCUAUACUGUGUAACAAAUAGGCAAAAGCCUGUUAAUUUUCAGCUCAGCCGGGGAACAGGAAAGGAACAGUUCAUGGAUUGCUAAAUGAAAGCACAGAAAUGCAAGCAGGGAAAAUGUGCAAUAAUUUGUCAAACCCCUGAGGACCUUGGUCCACUUCUGAGAGUUUGUAGAUAAGACCUGUGGGGAAGAUCUUGUUUGUAAUAUUUUAAUAUUCUGGCUUCUGUAUUUCGUACAAAGGUAAGACGCUGGCACGUUCAGAUUGUAUGCUCAGGUGACUGCCCUGUAACAUUCUGUGACAAACAGGGCCUCUUUCUGUAGCAAAUGUCAUUUGGAUCAGUAGGGAUGGGAAAAAUAGGAGCUACAGCUUUGUAUCUGCUGCUGGUUAUAUAUUUUUGCACUUCCAGCUCCUUUUCAGAUGGAACGUGAACCUGGAAAGCUAACAGGGCUCUGAUCCAAGUUUGACUGACGAUGUUGAAUUUGAUGCUAGAGAUGUCUGAGGUUUCUUUUGAGCACAUUUCACCAGGUUACUUCCUAACUUGUCAUUUUGCUGCAGGGACAGCAGUCACUCCUCUUUGUUUUUCCUGCUUCCCCUCGCAGCCAGGCACUUUUGCAAAGAACUGCAGCAAGCAGAAUGGUUUAAAAGGACACCUGAACUCUAUCUGGCUGCCUGUCAGAGAAAGCCAAAAAGCAAAGAGAUCUUGUAGCAGAAAAAUCUGAUUCUGAAAUUUAAGACAAAACUACUUGUGUCAUAUUUUCAGAGCAUAAAGAACUGACAUUGGGGGUGUUUAUGUACUUUAUUACAUGUUUUUCUGAACGGAAACUGUGAAGUAUUUCAUCCUCAUAUCAACUUAAAAAAAUUCUGGUGACAUUCUUCUGUCCUCUGAUGAUAAGCUGGAGUGUUCCCCUUUUUAUACAGUUCAUCCUUUCCCAAGUCUCUAUCAGUGCAAAUGUGAUUUGAAACAAACCUCAGUUUUCUCUGCUGUGAACUUUCCACAAGCCCACUUGGAGGGGAGGGACAGAGUGGCAGAGGGUGGCGGGAGGAGGUAGUAGUGUCUGUGCAGUUCAGAUCUGAGGAGGAUGCUGGUCUUGCCUGACAAAGGUGACUCUCCUGGAAGACUUAACCAGAUUUGGACAGGCAGUUCUGCCAGCAGAGACCACACAUGGCUCCUGGUUCACCUCUGUAAGUAUUAUGCCCAGAAAACAAGGAUGCCACGGAGCUGCUCUGGCUCAGUUUCAGAGCAUUUUAGCCUCCAAAGAUUGAGGCCCUUGUUCUUUGCUGCACCCACCCUGGAAAGACCACCGCCGCCCUGCAUGCUGAAGAGAGAAAAGCCCUCGAGUGGUCUGCUCGGUUUUGGGGUUACCUGCCCCAAUGGGUCCUGUGUUAUUUCCCAUGUCAUGAGGUGGCCGGCUGGAGGGAAAGCAAUCCAGGAGCAUCCCUGUGUCCUCUGUGAAGGGCUCACCAACAACUGCUUGUGUGUGUUGGCCUGGCAGGGUGACGGAUGCCUAACGGCUUGGCUGCCUAUGGGGUUUUAGGCACAAAUUUUAGAGGGUGGAGCUGCUUUCAGGAGGAGGUGUGCUCUAGAAGUCAGAGUGAGUGAGUCUCUGCUGGGCUUUGCACUCUCUCUUUCCACUUGCUGUUGUAAAGGAAUUUUUUUUUUUACCUGACUGGACAAAAUUUUUAUUAUACCAGUGAAAUUUCCAAGUUGUUUCAUACUUUGAAGAAUUUUAAGAAUUCCUGCCAAUGCUUUUCCUGAGGGAAGCCAUGCCCUACCACAGAGUCCUUCGCCUGGUCCUGCUAACGCUGUGCGGCAUCCUGGUCCCUGCUGUGCUGGCAGCAGAGUACCCGCAGGGCCCAGUCCCCACCCUCUGGAACGAGCCAUCCGAGCUGCCCUCUGGAGCUGGCCCCUUCGAUGCUGCCACCACCACAGCCCAGCUCUCAGAUGCCACUGCCUUCCCCCCGUACACUUCCGAGCUGGAGCCCGAGGACACAACUCACCUGCACCGGCUGGAUGCCGGGGACGGCUCACUGGGGCCCGGAGCUAUCGGUGCCAUUGUCAUCGCCUCCCUCCUGGGUACGUCUGUGCUUGUGGCCUUGGUCGUCAUCACGCUGAGAAAGUUCUCGGCCUCCUGA